AUGGGGAAUUCCUUAAAACCAAGCAUUUUACAGGCAGGGAACAUAAAAGGGGACCAUACCGAUGUCGACGAUGAAAAACCAGCCGGUGGAAAAACAUUCGAACUGAAGAGUGGUGUUAUAGCACAUUUGUCUAUGUGGCGGUGGUCAGAUAUUGCCGAUGAAUGUGAGCAGUUUUUGUCCAAUAAAGGAUUUGAUGGUGUCGAAAUCUCUCCGCCUGCAGAGACCGUUGAGCCAGGCGAUACUCUGUGGGAGAGAUAUCGGGUAGUCUCGUAUCAACUGAUCAACCGUUUAGGGAGUGAGAACCAGCUGAGAGAUAUGGUUAAAAGGUGCAACCAUGUUGGUGUUAGGGUGUUUGCCAGUGUUGUACUCAACCAUAUGGCAGAAGUUAAGAAAGAUAAGGUUGGCAUGGAAGAUUUCUCUUUUGACACUGAAGACGUCAACCCUAUGGCAGGAGUUGCGGAAAAGCGUGUUGGCGUGGGAGGUUCAUCUUAUUACCCUGGAGACAUGUAUUACCCAAGCGUUCCAUACACUAAAGAAGACUUCCAUCCACAAUGUGAUGUAGAUGAUACAUUAGAUGCAAAACAGAUAAGAGAGUGUCACGAUGAUGAUCUGCAUGACUUGGACCAGUCUCGUGAAACAGUAAGGGAGAAGAUUGUGCAUCAUUUGAACCACUUGAUAAAUAUCGGGGUAGCUGGUUUUAGGAUAGAGCAUGCCAAACAAAUGCAUCCUAAAGAUUUGUCAGUGAUCUACCAGAGACUGAAGUAUCUAAGUACAGCACAUGGAUUUCCUCGAGAAACUAGACCUCUGAUAUACCAGGACGUCUUUAUUAUAGAUGAUGAGGGGCCAAUAAAGUAUGAGGAGUACACCCCACUAGGAUUAGUCCUGGACUUUACGUUUGGCAGUCAGUUGGGGGCGUUUUUUCUAAGCAAAAACGAUCUCAAAGAUCUUCAGAACUUUGGUUCAGAAGCAAAACAAAAAAGAGUUGUGUUUGUUGAAGAUUAUUUCACGGAACGUUUAUAUGGCGACACCUUUCUAAACUACCAGGAUCCAAAACCAUACAAGAUGGCAGUGAUGUUCAUGUUGGCUCGUGGAGAUUACAAUUGCAAGAUAUUUUCAAGUUUCCAGUUCUCCGCACAUCAUCAAAACCCUCCCGUCUUCUCUCCUCAUCCUAUCAAGGAAAACGUUUGUUCCAACGGUUGGGAGUGUCAACAUCGGUGGCGCCAGAUAUACAACGCGGUGGAAUUCCACAACGUUGUCAAAGGUACGCCAGUGACGAAUUGGUGGAGCAAUGAUAAAAAUCAAAUUGCUUUUUGUCGAGGGAAAAAAGGAUUUGUGGCUUUCAACUUGGAUUCCACAAAACUAAACGAGAAUCUCCAGACAUGCCUGCCAGAGGGAGAAUAUUGUGAUAUAAUAUCUGGAGAAGUUACAACUACAGGGUGUUCUGGCAAAACAAUAAAAGUUGAAAAAGACGGAAAAGCAAACAUAGUUAUACCAGAGAGCGCAAGUCCUGAAGACGGUGUUGUGGCAAUCCACAUUCAAUCUGGAACUGUGUACGGAGAUGGGAAUUUGGUGAAAUCUGAGACUAGUGUAAAGAAGAGCAUGAGGACUUUCACACCAUACGGUUACAGCAACGGCAGAACCUGUGCAGUCUUGCAGCCGUCUACUGCCACUGAACCGGAUGGUUGUUGCGCCGUGGCCGUGCGUCAGUGGCGCAUGUAA